GAAACUCAAAGGGCAGCAGCCGGCCCUGCCUUGCCGCAGCCCCCGGCUUCCCUGACCCCGGCAGGAUGUGGGCAGGCUGGCUGCUGCCCCCCGCUGUCCCGGCCGGGACCCUCCAGCUCUGACCUGGGCGCGGGCGGCGAGAGCUUGUUGUUGUCAGCACCUGAGGCGAAGCGAAGCAAAGUUUCUCUCUGGUCUCCUCCUCGCCGCAGGCAGCCGGAGCCAGCAUGACAGCCAUAGCGGUGCAGGCACAGAGAUUGCUUGCUCACAGAAGACCCAAGAAAUCAUUCUUUGAGACUUUCAUCAGAAGCCUCAUUAUUUUGUGCGUGGCAAUAGCAGUUGUCCUGUCAUCAGUUUCAGUUUGCGAUGGCCACUGGCUUUUUGCAAAAGGACAGUUGUUUGGACUGUGGCACUUCUGCACCGUAGCCAACAGCACCAUAUUGAAAUGUGUCACUGAUCUGAAUCAGGCCAGUGUGGAAGGGAUUAAUUUUGGAAUGAUUCUUGCAAGAAGUGUGGUGUCUCUUGCUGUGGUUGUAGCAAUAUUUGGCCUGGAACUUCUGAUGGUCUCCCAGGUCUGUGAAGACACUAAUUCAAGACGAAAAUGGUCAAUGGGAUCAAUCCUUAUUAUUCUCUCAUUUCUCCUGUCCUCCAGUGGAGUCCUGAGUUUUUUAAUCCUCCUGAAGGACUACAUUACCUUCAUGGGCUUCACACUGACCUUUUGGUGUGAGUUCAUUGCUGCCUGCCUUUUCUUCCUUAAUGGAAUGAGCGGACUUCACAUUAACAGCAUAACAUACCCAUGGAACAGAGCAAGAAAAUUCUAGAACUGGUGAAAGUAUUCUGCUUUUGUGUCAUCAAUUUUGCCAGUUAGACUGGAAAAAUCAGUCAAAUGAAAUUGGGAAAGGACAUCAGGUUUUUAAAGUCAUUUGCAAAGAGAAAAGAUUUGAGAUAGUCUGAGAAUUUCAUAGGAUGUACCCACAGUUCACUGAGGAUGGCUGCAGGGGAAAAAUUAAGACCUGCUCUAAUUUUAAAUGAAAUUUUCUGCAGUAGUAGAUAACAAAAUAAGAAAAGACUCCUAUUUUGUUUUAAAUUUUAAAAAAGCAUCUGAAGUGUUUUAUGGAUAAAAGACCUGAAAAUUGCAAUCUACACCAGUUGUUUUAAAGUACUGGGGUCAAACACUCUGUGUGGUGCUUUGGGGUUUGGUAUUGCUUUUUCUCUCCCUAUCUUCAGUUGCUCUUCUUGAGUAUACGAACAGAGCGUGAGAAGGAAUGCAUGCCCAGCAUGUUCAGCCUGCCCGAUGGAGCUUCAUUUCAAAUUGGACAGACUAUUUAUGUCUGGUCACGUUUAUCAGCGUGGCAUAUUGAAAAUCUUUAUCAGGGUUUCACACCCCAUCAUUCUCUUCACAAGACAUGAGUGAAACAGGUCUGAAUCAAUGUUAAUUAGCUCAUGUUUUCCAACUGUCACUUGUGUCCCCUAUAACUAUCCUUUCCAUAUAUAAUAUAUUAGAGGUUUGGGGUGUGUACAUCCACUAUGGUUAGGAUAUAGGGCCAGAGUCUCAUUUUGUCUCCAGCCCCUAGCAGCACAGAGAGAUUGGAUUGUGGAUAUACAUGGCCUGCAGAUAAGGUGAGCAGACAGCAGAUGUGAAAAAUCAGGACGGGGGUUGGCGGUAAUAGGAGCCUAUAUAAGAAAAAGACCCAAAAAUUGGGAUUGUCCCUAUAAAAUUGGGACAUCUGGUCACCCUACCAGCAGAGAAUUCCUUGAGGAAAAGGGAACUAGCCACUGGCAUAAAGCCAGCAGUGCCUGUUCCUGCACCAGCCACCCUAUUCCAGCCUCUUCUGGUGUAGGCACUCAUGAGAUACUUUAGUAAAGGCCAGUGCAGACGGACUCAGAAUUAGGGAGCUCCAACUGGCUCCCUGAUAUCCCCACAGAGGCGACUUUGGCCCAUAGGGUUAAUUAAAGUUCAGCCUUGCUAUUUCUGAUCAUUCAUUUGUCCAUUCUCGUUUCACUUCGCUCCCAGGACAAGCAUGUCUGAGAGUGUUAAGCUAGCUGAUGUGAUUUACUCCACCAUGGUGACCCUUCACCCUGCAUUUUACCAUAGACAGUCAAAAUUAUUCUGGUUGCACAAUACCAAUAAUUCCCAGUGAGUCAACAGGAAUUACUGCACCCGUGUAGCUAGAGAAAUAAACUCAUUCACUUUGCCAUGUAGAAGCUCUUCUGUGAUGAGAAAGAAAAUCUGUAGACCUGACAAUUUAGACAGAAUGAUAUCCCCUUGUGAUUUAAAAUCAGGAAACAUAAAAAAAUAAACUUCCCCAAAAAUGAGGUAACCAGAGGGGCUGAUUCUGCAUUCACUGAGUGCUGGCGUAAAUCAGGAGUAACUCCAUUGAAGUCAGUGAAAUUGCUGGUGUGAUGGAGACCAAAAUGCCAGGCCUAAGAUCUCUAAUUAAAAAGAUGCAUACAUUCAUUACAGCUUUAAAAGUUGUUGAUGUAGUAAAAUUAGUCAAGCUGUCGACUGUCUGUUCAAGUUCCUGCAUGGCUGGCAGAAGCAGAAUACAAAUUCUUUUCAAUAUCCUUCCUAUUCAAAGGAGAACACUCCAUUGACGAUGGAUUAAAACAUUUACAAAGUGUUUCACAGCAUCUGAUAAAAUCUAUUUUAUGUCUUCUGGAAAGAUUUUUUUUAUUUCUAUAAAGAAAAAUAUUUAAACAUGCACCCUCUUCAUAGUUAUAUUGAAUCAAUAAUUCUUGAGCAAGGCAUUUAAUCUCCUGUACUACACCAGUUUCUAAAACAUACUCUUCCACCCAGUGCAAACACACCGGUAUAGUUUGUAGAAUAAAUGAACUGGAAAGAGAAUGCUAUUUAUGUGAGCCAUGAAUAAAUGUCAUCCUUUGUGCAAAUCUGUUCUGUAAAGCCAAGAAUCAUAAGCACUGACUACAUAUAUUUUGUAAUCUUGUACAAUGCUCUUAAACUGACCGCUCAUUUUCUAAUCAGGAAAUAUUCUCAUAUCUUCUUUUUAAGAGAUGUCAACUUUCACAGACUAAACUCCUAAACCUU